CUCCCAUCUUGUAGCGUAGUCGGCCAAAUUCAUCUUGUUUCCUUGUUUCCCAUGUCACAGGCAACCGCUCUCUCGGCGAAAGAGAAAGGCAAUGCUGCCUUCAAAGCCGGUGACUUUGCGGCGAGCAUCGGUCACUACACCUCUGCAAUCCUCGCAGAUCCAAAUGAUCCCACUUUUCCUCUCAACCGUGCGGCCGCUUACCUAAAGCUAGGCAAGCACGAGGACGCGGAAAGAGACUGCUCGAGGGCCAUCCAACUCAGCGGCGGCAAAAACGUCAAGGCAUUGUUCAGACGAUCACAGGCUCGUGUGGCCCUGCACCGCACCGAAGAUGCGCGCAAAGACCUCGAGGAAGCGGCAUCUCUGGAACCGAAAAACCAAGCUAUCACCACGGAACUCCAGAAAAUUAAUAGCUCUCUCCAAAAAGACAAAGGAAAAGUCGGACCUCGCGCCCAACCCAUCUCUAUAGACCUCCCUCCCCUCCAAUCGCAACAGACCAGAGCCCCUCACCCAAAGCGUCGACGGAUACCGAUUGAGAUCGUCGAACCUUCCUCGCCCACGUCUGCCUCUACCACAACUACGUCAACCCCGACGCCUCAAUCGCCUUCUCUUCUUAAUCCAGUCUCCACCCGUCCCCUCUCAUCCAAUUCUGCCCCUCAAGCUCUGCCUACUUCAGAACAAAAUGCAAAAUCAGCCGCGUUGAAGUCUAAGUCGAAACCCACACCAACGACCUUCAAGGAGGCCAAACAGGCACGCGAAGCUUCACGUCCAGGUGGCGGCGCACUCCGCGCUUCUGGCUCUCAUACCCUCUCCAAAGACCACGGCGAGAAUCUCACAGGCGACGAACCUUCCGAAACUAAGCCUGAUGUACACAUAGCCAGCGGGGCCACAGUCACAGAUGAUCCCAGACCUCCGAACACGAUUACAGACUUGCCAGCGCCAGCCGAGUAUGACGGUCCAAACGCGAAACUCGGGAUCAGCCUUUUCACUUUCUCGAGGGAAUGGGACAGCCAUCAUGAAGCAACCCCCGAAGACCGCUGGAAACUACUCUCACAAAUCCCCCCACCCGCCCUCCCAACCCUCUUCCAGACUUCCCUGGAACCCUCCCUCCUCUCCUCCAUCCUCACAGUCCUCCGCGCUCUCCUGAGCACUCAUCUGUCCGCUCAACCCGAACUGAAAAGCUGGGUGCGAGCGUAUAUGGUUCAUUUUGCGCGGGUACCCCGAUUUGGAACUAUUAUUCUGUUCACGAGCAAGGCUGAGAAGGAGGUGAUAGAGGAAGUGUGGAGAGCGGUGGGCGAGGAAGAGGGGGAUAGAGCGGAAAGGAAGAAAUGGGGUUUGAAGUGGUGAUUCUGAUGUAUUGAGUCAGUGAAGUAGACCUGUCGAGGUCUCUCAAACCAUCACAGGAACUGUAUGGCGCAUCACAGCCGAUGUAAGACU